AUCAAGUCGGGACAUCCUAUGUUCGAGCCUAUCCCAUGUUCGAGCCUUACAGUUUCCAUUCGUCGAUAUUCUCUUCGUCUUCUUCUCUUACCCAUCAUAUUAUAAACCUUCUUUCCACUACAAGAAUUAAAUCGAACUCUGAUAAGUAAAAAUUAAGUAACAAUGUUAGUCUCGAGGGUAGUCCUCUUCCCCCUGCCGGCGCAGGGCCACAUAAAUCCGAUGUUCCAGCUGGCCAAUAUCCUCCACUCCAUGGGCUUCGCCAUCUCCGUAAUCCACACUCGAUUCAACGCCCCCGGCGGUGUCGAUUCGCGCUACCCUCACUUCAACUUCCACCUCAUUUCCGACCCUGUCACUGAGGACAAUUCCUCGACUCCUUUGUCCGGAAAUCCCGUUACUGCCAUCAAUCUCCUCAACGCCCGCUGUGCCGGACCCUUCAAGCUCUGCCUCUCCCGCAUAUUGUCUGAAGAAAGCAACGGUACCGUGCGCUGCAUUAUUACGGAUGCCAUUUGGUGUUUCGCGCAGGCCGUCGCCGAUGAGCUUAACAUCCCGCGGAUCGUGCUUAGGACAACCAGUGUUCACUCCUUCCUUGUCUACGAUGCUCUUCCACUCUUUCAUCAAACUGGAUAUCUCACAAACAUGGAAGCAAGAGCGGAAGAAGCGAUCCCGGAGUUCCCGCCGAUCAAAGUUAAGGACAUCCCCACAUUCGGUGCCAAUGACCCAGACAGCACAUUCGAAACCCUUUCCAAAAUAGUCGGGGAAACGAAAAAAUGCUCCGGCCUAAUCUUCAAUACCUUCAAAGAACUCGAAUCGCCGGACCUGACCAAGCUUGGCCACCAAUUCUGCAUGCCGGUUUUCGCCAUCGGACCGUUCCACAAGCGCUUCUCUGCCGCGGAAACCAGCUUGCUCAAACAAGAUAGAAGCUCCAUAGAUUGGCUCGACAAACAGGCGCCGCAAUCUGUUCUCUACGUUAGCUUCGGCAGCCUCGCCACGAUGGAUAAAACCACAUUUCUCGAAGUCGCCUGGGGACUGGCCAACAGCGGUCAGCCGUUUCUGUGGGUUGUCCGGCCGGGAUCAAUUAAUGGCACGGCGUCAACAGCGUCAGAGGUACUGCCGGGUGAGUGGGCGGAAGAAGUUAGCGGGCGGAGCUGCGUGGUGGAGUGGGCGCCGCAGCAGGAAGUGCUGGCGCAUUCGUCGGUCGGCGGAUUUUGGACGCACAGUGGAUGGAAUUCGACGUUGGAGAGCAUCUGCGAAGGGGUGCCGAUGAUGUGCGCGCCGUGCUUUGCGGAUCAAAUGAUAAAUGCUAGGUGGGUUAGCGAUGUAUGGCGGAUCGCGAUCAAUUUGGAGAGAGUGUUCGCGAGAAGGGACGUCGAAGAGAGUAUUCGGCUAUUGAUGACGACGGCGGAGGGGGCAGAGAUGCGGCGGAGAGUGGCGGCUUUGAAGGAGACGGCGGCGGCGUGCUUGGGUUCCGGUGGGUCUUCUUAUGAAGCCCUUGAGGGUUUGAGUAAGUUUAUUAUGGAAUUACGGAAUCAACCAUAAUUAAGAAUUCAAAAUAAUGGACGAUGAGCCAUUUUCUUCCUCAUUAACUUGUAU